AUGAGUGAACUUGAAGCUACAGCUACAGAGUCCCGGGAUGAGAUGAUACAAAGACAUAAGGCGGAACAGAAAAAUUUGGUGGCCACCAUUACGGGAAUGAAGAAACAGGCGACUAAGAAAACUAGGAAGGCCGUGAUGAGCAAGUGCAACGAGCUCCAGGAGAGUUUGAAUCAAAAGCACAAGACAGAGUUGAACGAGCUUGACGGGAGCGCAACAGAUGGUGCGGAGGACGAAAUAAGGCCCGAAGACUUGCUCGCGCAAAUGGAAUCCACCACGAUUCACGAUGCUAACAAUGCUGAGGAGAAGAAACCGCCGGCUCAACCAUCCACUAAGGAUGCACUCCAAACUAAAAGAAACAGACAGAAGGAACGGUUAGCCAAACGAAACGCUAAAAUUGAGCAGAUGAGGGAUGAAGCCCGAAAGGAGUCGGAGAACGAUGUCGACUACCGAAAAAUCGAACAGGAGUCGAUGCAACAUAUAAUUGAACGGGGUAAUUUAACGGUUUACGAAAUUAAGCCCGAUGGGCAUUGCUUGUUCGCUUCGAUCCAAGACCAGUUGACCCGCAGACACUCCAACGAAGUGUCAAUCCAGCAAUUGCGUGAGACUGCUGCUCGCUACAUAGAGACUCACCCCGAUGAUUUCAUCCCAUUUUUAUUUGACGAAGCCACCAACUCCUUACGAGAUCUUACGGACUACACGAAAGAACUAACCACCACGGCCAUGUGGGGUUCGGACAUGGAGAUAAUGGCAUUAGCUAACGAAUUCGACUGUCCCAUCACAGUUUUGAUGGCCGGCGGUGCUCCUAUAACCAUCAACCCAGAGGGUGCAAAUACGGAGUUAAAAUUAGGGUUUUAUAAGCACUCUUUUGGAUUGGGCGAACACUACAAUUCCUUAAGAGACAUUUAA